UUUAUUUCGGUUUGUUGUUGAUUCGGUCCGCGGCACACAAAAAGUAAUCCUACAUAAAUAAAAAGUGUUUUGUGCAUUUAUUUAGUGCUAAUUUUAGGGAAGUUUGUGAUUUGGUAACCUCACUUUGGUUUGUGCUUUGGUGGCAGGAAUAAUAUCCGUAAAAUGACAGACCACUCCUUCAUUCCGGAGAUCGACGAGGAAGUGCUGGAGGAAACUGCUGACAACCAGUCAGUGGUGGUGAGUCUGCCGCUCGAAGUUUACAACGAGCAAGCGGAUGCUGUGAGGGCACUGCAGAUGGACGUCACAUUCAUAAAGCAGCAGCUUUCCAUGAUACAGGAGGCAUUACAAUCAAGCCCAUCAACAUCAUCUUCGUCCUCCGUCGACUUUGAAACAAUCCGGAACCUUAUGCCUCUAGGCUCGACCGAUGCUCUGGUCGAAUUCGAAGAAUUUUUGUUGAAAAAUGACAACAAAAAGAAAUUCGAAAAAUUUCUGGCAUCCUUCGUGCUUUUCAAAAAGCCAUUAAAAGAGAUCACUACAUCAUUCAUUGAAAAAGUGUAUGAUCUCGAGCUGCAGUCUCAGAUAAACUAUUCGGGGGCUGGCGGAAAACAGGCUCUUAAAAGCUUAUGCUCAACGCAAAUAUUGAUAAAAACCCUUGUUGAUCAAUCUCUUUUCGAGAGCAGCGACGAUCCAGCAGCCCUUGCGUGCGCCGAAUUCCGGUACCAAAUGCAGCAUGCCUGUGAUCGCAUCAAAAGCAGCAAACGCCGACAAACUGGGUCGGUUAGCCGAAAAAGGUUGAGCCGGCAAAAGUUAUCUGUUCCAUUGAAAAUGGAAACCCUUGAUAUAGUCGACGAUGGUGGAGCUUCGGAUGCAGCAGAAAGCGUGUGAAGUUCAUGACUUUGAAUGUGAAAGAAAAACUCAUGGAAUUUUAUCUGUUUUUUUAUUAUAUACGUUACAAAUAAGUUCUUUUAAACGUUUUAACUACUAUGUAUGAGUGGAGCGACGAAAUAUCCACAAUCCUUCGAAUAAAAUGGGAAGCACACCAUUUUGCU